AUGCGCACCACGCGCACCGGGGGCACCGCAGCCAUCGGCGCCACUCGGUGCAGCGGUGAGGAGGAGGAGGAGGAGGAGGAGGAGGAAGAGGAGGAGCAGAUACUGCUGCGCGCACGACAGCGGGAACAGGAGGAGGAAGAGGAGGAGGAGGAGGAGGAGGAGAUGGCCGGUACGACGGCGACGCUCUGUACGGAGGACGAGCGGCACGACGCCGGUGACAGCGCAUCGACGAUGUACGCCGAGAACUGCCACUGCAGCCGGGGCAAUCUCGCCACGACCGAUGACGAUGACGAAAUCCAACAGUACUUCGUGGUCGAUCAGCCCCCACUGCAGCAGCACCAGCACCAACAAUCGUACACGCCCCAGCCCCAAGUCUCCUCCGUGCAGCGUGGCGUCCUGUCGAGGCGUCCUUCCGUGACGUCAUCGCACCGUAGCGCACGCAGCACGCCCCGAUCGCGCCGAGUGACGACGCCACUGAGUGGUGGAAGCUGCUGCUCGCACCACUCCCACCACUCACAGCUCGUAGGACAAGCAGCGGGCGUGAGUGGCACCGCUCAGCAGCACGGUCCACUGUCGCCCACGGCACUCAGCCGCCGCACGCUGCCCGAAAGUGGCGGCUCGAAUGCGACCAUUUCCAACUUCAACAUCAACCCGGCCCGGUUCCAGUGCAGCUACUACACGGCGGACGAGAGCGAGAACUCGUACUGCUCGAUCAGCGGCGAGAACAUCCGGCAGAUCCAGGCACAGACGGCCAUCCAGCACCAGCUCGAUCGGGAGGAGCAGCGGCAGCGGCUGCAGCCACUCCCCCUAACGCCCGGAACGCCCGCCGGCGGUGCUCCCGCCGGGCCGCUGAUCGGCGACAGCGACAGUCAGCAGGACAUUGCGAGCCUGAACGAGUCGCUGCUCUCGACCGUCGGCUCCACAUCGAGCGAUCAGCCCGGCGGUUCGACCGCCACCACCACCACCUCGACGACCACCUCGACCACGCAACGGCAACUGCAGCAGGUGCAGGGCGCGCCGAAGAGCGCGGGCAGCCAGCUCGUACUCACGCCGUCCAAAAUUACGAUCGAAAACAUUGGCCAGCUGUCGGAGAUCGGGACGGCGAACUACGAGUUUGACGAUCUGGACAUCAACAUCCCCGAGAUCUUCCAAUCGCCCUCGAAGAUCAAGUGGAGCUUCCUGGCCAACCUGGACGAGAGCAAGUCGAACAAGUCGCGCAUCAGCUCCGUCUCGUCGCUGGUGGACGUGGCCAGCAGUGGGCGGGGUCGCAGCGGCACCGAAUCGGGCGGGGCCGAUGUCAGCGAAACGGCGAGCGAUAACGAGUACAGCCCGAACCGGAUCCGCCACCGGCGGCCGGAACCGCUGCCGGUCGGCGAGCCGGCGAGCAUGCAGGCGUCCGCGUCGAGCUGCAAGAUCGAGCAGCUGCUCAAGAAGUCGUCACCGUCGGCGUCCGCCUCCGACUUUAAGACGGUCUCGAUCUGGCGGGCGGAGAACGGGGACGAAGGCAACGCGAUCAUCUUCCACCACGAGAGCGAGAUCGUGGAGAACUGCUGCACGAAUCAUUUUUUAGACCACAGUAGCUACGACGUGUGCCGGGUGGACAACUGUGACUAUUUGAUCAAGAGCAGCGACACGGACGGCGGCGGCGGUGGCACCAAGCGGACCUCCUCCUCCUGUGGGAGUUUGUGCAAGAGCGAGGAGCGGCUGAACAAUACGCUUCCUGCGUCGGCGGCGGCGACCGCUGGGCUCGGCACGAAGCAGCUCGAGCUGAAGCAGCGCAACAUCUUCACCUCUACGCUGGCCGGCACGACGACCACGAGCGCCUCGAUGACGAGUGCCUGCGGCGGGUCCAUGCCGGCCUCCGCCACGACGGCCACCGUGUACAGCAUCAUCUCGCCCGAUCUGAAGCGGUUCGAGAAGCAGACGAACCUGAACCGCAACUCGGUGAACCUGAGCCAGAACAUGCCGCCUUCUUCGCUCUCCUCGUCGUCGACUUCGUCGAUUUUUGCCGCCAACUACGGGUCGGCGCUGUAUCGCAACAUCAACCAGCAACAGGGACCACAGCAGCAGCAGCAGCAGCAGAACGGUCAAACAUCCGAGCACGAUAAGCUGCUCAACACGGCCGCAACGAUGUCGCGUGGCUCUUCGCAGCGAUCGCGGCUACACACGGCCCCCGCCAGCACGAUCUCACGCUCGGUCACCUCGAGUCUGCAGCGCUCGGGCAGACAACCUUCCGGCUCGGGCUUCAACAACCAGUACCAGAGCAGCACACUCGAUCGCUCGACCGUAGGCGGACGCACCCUGUCCACCGUUUCGCUUGGGUUCAGUGAGUCACGCCCCGCUGUGACCAGUCCCGCCGAACCCGGCGACCCGACCGUCCCUCCGUUCAGCAUUACCUGCGCGGGGGAAACGGCGGCCAGUGCGGCGGCGGCCGCUGCCGCCACCCAGUUCUACAACAAAUCCUACCACUACAACCUGACCGCCCAGAAUCAGCUCUACUUCCAGGCGUUCUCGAACCUGGUGCGCGAGCAGGAGCAGCAGCAGCAGCAGCAGAACUGUGAGUUCCACCAGGCGCAGCCGCAGACGCCCUCGCCCCAACCACAGCCGAGCUGCCCGCAGUGCUACGAGUACUACGGCUGCCAGGCGCAGUACUACGCGAACGCGACGAACGAGGCGGACAGCGAGUUCGCGGAGUGCAAUGCGGGCGGUUCGGGCGGCGUCGUGCUGCGCCGGGGUGGCUGGCGCCGCAAUGUAGGCACCACGCUGCGCAUCAACGGGCUGGUGCGGGUCGUGCGCACGCGGGCCCGCAAGUGUGCCGAUUACAUCCGCCAGAAGGAGCACCAGAGCAACAACCGGUUCCGGCGGCGCAAGUAG